AUGGGGCGAGCAGAACCGGAGUUGGGGGCGUCUCAGCUUUGCGGGCGGCGGCCACACGUGGAGAGGAGCCGGAGGCUGCAAACUGGCGGUCCAGCCCGCCGCCUGCGGGCUCGGGGGCGGAUGACAUCAGCAGGAAGAGUCUUGGGCCGACCCCCACACACACACCGCCUCCCACCCGCCCCACCACCGCCCAGAGGAACUUCUUUCCAGCUCGGGAGCCUGCGUGCGCCCUCAUGCGUGUGCGCGUGGAGGCUCUGGUGCAGCGGUGUGCAUGCUCAUGUGGAUAUUGACAGUCAUGCACCAUGCAACCAUGUGGAACUCAUCACCAAAGCCAAAAUGCAUGUGGGCCUGGGCACCAGGCAGUCUCCCCCAGGUAAGGUCAAAGAAGCUGUAAUGGUGGCCAUUGAUACAGACUAUCGCCACAUUGACUAUGCCUAUGUCUACCAGAAUGAGAAUGAGGUGGACAAGACCAUCCAAGAGAAGGCUGUGAAGAGGGAGGACCUCUUCAUUGUCAGCAAGUUAUGGUUCACCGUCUUUAAGAAACUCCUAAUGAAGCAAGCAUAUCAAAAGACCCUCCAGGAUCUAAAACUGGAUUAUUUGGACCUCUAUUUUAUCCACUGGCCACAAGGAUUACAGACUGGGGAGGUCUUUAUACCCAAAGAUAAUAAAGGUAAUAUUAUCCCCAGUAAAUUCACAUUCUUGGAUACUUGGGAGACUAUGGAAGGACUGGUGGAUGAAAGAUUGGUGAAAGUUCUUGGGGUCUUCAACUUCAACAACUCCCAGAUUAAAAAGAUUUUAAACAAACCUGGACUGAAACACAAACCAAUGACUAACCAGGUUGAGUGUCAUCCCUACCGCACCCUGGACAAGCUGAUCCAAUACUGUAAACCCAAAGGCACUGUCCUCACUGUUUACAACCCUCUGGGGUCACAUAUGAAAGAGUACCCCUUUAAUGAAGAAUAUUGA